AUGGCAUCUCUUCAUGAACAAUUGCAGGAGCGGAGGAAGAGGCUACAACUCUUGGCCGGCAAAGCUCAAGGAGAACAUGGUCAAACAAGUGCAGUUGAAAUUACUGACAACGAUGAAGGAAGGGAGGAAAGCGAGGUGAAGAAACCAAAGGUAAGUACUGGAUAUUCGGGCACUGGCCUUCACGAUAACUCGGCGGACGAUGAAAGGGCAGACAGUCUCGUAGACUACGCUGAGAAUGAAGCAGUUGAUACUGAGCUCCACGAGUCGAAACGCAAACCAACCAGUGAUCUUGAAGAAAAGUUGCGUCCAGAUCUUGAUGAGCUAGAAAAGCGUACGGACGAUGCAAUACAGAGACUGGUACGGCAAAAAUACUUCGCUUCGAGCACAGAGAAUGACAACAUACAGUAA